AUGGGCCCCAAACUGCUCCUGCUGCUGCUCCUGCGACUAGUAGGCCAGGGCUCGACCGGCAGCCUCCCAGAGCUGCUGCAGGCGCCCAAGGGGAGCUCCAUCCUGGUGCAGUGCCACUACCGACUCCAGGAUGUCAAGGCACAAAAGGUGUGGUGCCAGGUCCUGCCAGAGGGAUGCCAGCCCUUGGUGACAUCAGCUGUGAAUCGCGGGGCCCCAGCUGGCAGCCGCGUAUUUCUCACCGACCUGGGGGGCGGCCUGCUCCAGGUGGAGAUGCUUGCCCUGCGGGAGGAGGAUGCUGGAGAGUAUGCCUGUGUGGUGGAGGGCCUCUCGGGGCCCCAGACUGUGCACAGGGUCACUCUGGAUGUGCUUCCUGCAGAGGAGGAGGAGGAGAUCCAUCAGGAUGGGACUCUGGGUGAGAGCUCCUCUUUGGACUCUGUAAACAGCGGCAGCCCUUUGGAUACCAGCCAGGAUAAGAAGAGCAGACCCUGGAUUUGGGGUGCUGUGUUCCUGCUGGGCCUGCUGGUGAUGGUGGCGGUGGUGCUGCUUGCUGUGAUGGUCAAAAGGAAAGGAAACAGGUUUGCUGUUGGUGGACAAUCUCAGAGCAGUGGAACCUCAAACACGGCUCCCUCCUCAGCGGUCCACCACAUCAGUGACUCUGGACUAGCUGUUGAUUUGCCAUCAGAUGUACCAUAUGUCAAGCUUGACUCACCACCUUCCUUUGAUGAUACCACUUACACCAACCUUCCUCCUGAUCCCCUGUCAGGGAAACUCCUACCCCUAGAACCACCCUCUGUGGCCCCUCUGCCUCCUAAGGUUGAGAUCAGCUCCAAGCCUGUGACAUACGCUACAGUCAUCUUCCCUGGAAAGGGCAAGAGUGGAGAAGCCGCCGGCGAGCCAGCCCAGGAGCCGCCUAAUAGCCAGGCUCCACCCAGCUGAGCUGUUCACCAUCCUGUACACCCGCAGAUUAGCCCCAGGGUUUUAUGUAGCCAUCCAUGCAACCCAUGCUCUAGAUCCUUAGGCUAUCAGAUCUUUAGGAUCUAAUGUCUUGACUUUUCUGACCUGGUAAGUGAUACUUGGAAUGACUGAGGUGUCCUGGGAAACUAGCCAUGUUAGUUCCUCUGCCAUUACACCAAAGAACUAAAUAAACUCUAAAU